AUGGCUCCAACAACUACCACCACCACAAAAUCAUCUCAUAAAUCAUCCCAUAAAUCAGACCUCCAUCUAAGCGCCAAUUUCGCCAAUCCCUCCUCCUCCAAAUCCAAACCCAAGUCCUUCCUCCCCUCUACAAUAGACUACGACCAUGAAGUCUUUCUACAAUUGACUGCCGGCGCGGGAGAAUCUGUCAAGACAGCGAAUCAGGAACGGGCUCGACGACGCAAGUCGAGGGCUUUGGAUCCUGCUAUCUCAGACCCGCAGGGAGAACCGGGCGCCAUUGAUUUUGAGUGGGCGGAGUAUCAAGGGAAGGAGAGGGUGCGGUGA